GCAGCGUAUCCACUCACUCAUCCGCGAAGCCCGAGGCCGCGGCUGCUGCUCUCGCCCACACCAGGGACGGACAUGGCCGCCGCCUCCUCCGCGGCGACUGCCUGCUUCCUCUCCCCGCCGCCGCCGCCGCGGCCGCGCCAUUUCCUCAGGCACCUCGCGCGCGCCGCGGCCACCCCGCCCCGCCCGCUCGCGCUCCCGGCCUCGCCGCCGCGGCUCCGCGACCUGGCGGACCCCGCCGAGGCCGCGCGGCGGCUGCUGGCGUCCGCCGCGGGCUCCCUCGUCGUCGCGCUCGCCUCGGCGGCCCUGAUCCUCGGCGACCCGGGGGGCGCGUCCGCGUUCGUCGUCGCCACGCCGCGGAAGCUGCAGCCGGACGAGCUCGCCACCGUGCGCCUCUUCAAGGACAACACCCCCUCCGUCGUCUACAUCACCAACCUCGCCGUCAGGCAGGACGCCUUCACGCUGGACGUGCUCGAGGUGCCGCAGGGGUCCGGCUCGGGCUUCGUCUGGGACAAGAUCGGCCACAUCGUCACCAAUUUCCAUGUCAUCCGCGGCGCGUCCGACCUCAGGGUCACCCUUGCUGAUCAGACGGUGUAUGAAGCCCAAGUUGUCGGAUUUGACCAGGACAAGGAUGUUGCUGUUUUGAGUAUCCAAGCACCAAAGGAUAAACUAAGACCUUUACCAGUUGGUGUCUCAGCAGACUUACUGGUUGGUCAGAAAGUAUAUGCCAUUGGAAACCCAUUUGGCCUUGACCACACUCUUACAACAGGUGUUAUCAGUGGACUGCGUAGAGAAAUUAGUUCAGCUGCAACAGGACGUCCUAUACAGGAUGUGAUACAGACUGAUGCUGCUAUCAACCCUGGUAACAGCGGAGGUCCACUUCUUGAUAGUGCUGGAAACCUGAUAGGUGUAAAUACUGCUAUAUACUCACCUUCAGGUGCAUCAUCCGGGGUUGGCUUUUCCAUUCCAGUGGAUACAGUUGGUGGUAUUGUGGACCAGCUUAUACAGUUUGGGAAAGUGACAAGACCUAUUCUGGGGAUAAAAUUUGCCCCUGAUCAAUCUGUGGAGCAGCUUGGCUUAAGUGGAGUGCUUGUCUUGGAUGCUCCCCCUAACGGACCAGCUGGCAAAGCGGGUCUGCAAUCAACCAAACGGGAUGCCUACGGACGGCUUAUCCUCGGGGAUAUAAUUACCUCGGUGAAUGGUACGAAGGUAGGGAAUGGAAGCGACCUGUACCGCAUCUUGGAUCAGUGUAAAGUGGGAGAGACGGUGACCGUGGAAGUCUUGCGCGGAGAUCAGAAGGAGAAGAUCGCUGUGGUCCUUGAACCAAAGCCCGACGAAACAUAGUGAAUGGGGCCCUUUUGGAAUGUAUUCUCACGUAGAUCAUGUAAAGACUCGAGUAUACAAGGCGUUAGCACGUUCGCCUACCGCGGAACUCCUUGUACAUAAUUCAUGCCUGUAAAUUGUCUUGGGUAAAAAGGAAAGAAAAGGAACAAAUUGGCUCA